UUUGGAUGCAUAAUCGAGGAAGCAUCGAGAUUUGAUGAUAUUACUCGAAAUGUCAAAAUAAAUAAUGGUCUAAAAGACGCUGUAGAAUCACGAGUAAACAAAUAUUUUCUUGCAUUGUCCGUUUACUGUUUAGAAGCAUUGAAAUUUAAACAAUCAGCUAAAUUUUCUGUUGACGCAGCUUAUAACGUGUUUAAUACAAUCAAUGGCAUUAUUCCAAAUUUGGAAAAUAUGGACAAUUCAAAACCUAUUAAACAAAUAUUAAACAUAGUUUUUAGACAAUAUUUUCAAAUAUUGAGUUCAACUGAAUCUAAUAUUGAGUCCAAGUUAAAUAAUAUAAUUUAUUAUUGUAUACGUUUAUUUAAUCUAUACAAGGACUAUGAAAACAAUGGAAAUGAUCUUGAUAUAUCAAGACUCAGUAUUUCUAACGUUAAACCACAAUUCAAAGAUGUAUAUCAAUCAAUC